GCAUGGCCUGGAAGGAGUGGGCGGAGCCGGUGUGACGUAUUACCCUCGGCUUCCUCCCUUGUCUGUGGUGCUGCCUUCUGUGGAUGGAGCAGCUAUUGCAGCCUUCAGUAAGGUCCUGCUCCCCUUGUGGCUAUGUAUAGUAUUUACGGCUUAUAUGUUUGGUCCUGCUUCCUAGGGGCUAUGUGUGGGUAGUUCAGGUUCUUAAAAUACGUAACAAGAGCAACAUGCUGCUGUACUGGGACCAGGAGAGGACCGUCCCUUUCCUGGGCCCUUGUUUCAACAACAAGCUAACCCAGCCACAUACUACUUGGACCAGGGGCUCAGGCAUUCCGUUAGCUUGGUGUGCAUUCAAAGCACAGCUCCCGCCCCUCUGCCUUCAAAUGCUUCACUGCCUGCCACUGACCCAUUGCCUUCAAAUGCCCCACAGCCUUCAAAUGCCCCACUGCCUUCAAAUGCCCCACUGCCCACUGUCACCGAGACUUUCUUGAAGGACCACACCCUAUUCCUAAUUGACCUCAUGCGGCUGAAAUUAGAAGCAGAGGGUAGGGGCCCUCCCAGGUCCCUCCAGGACCUGAGCCAGCGCCUGAAGCUGGCCAGGAACUCAAAGAAGCUGCUGUGGGAGGAGAUUGCUGGCAAGCUGACCGACCAUUUCAAACAUACCUUUCCCCCAGACAAGGUAGCUCGCAAAUGGAACACGUUGGUGGAGGCGUACAAAAAAGUGAAGGUCCACAAUUUGUCCACAGGGAGGGGCCCUGGUAAAUUUCAGUUUUAUACUGAGAUGGAUGACCUCAUGGGAUGUCACCACAACAUAGUCUUCCCUGUUGUGGGAACAGCCAUGGGCCUGGAUGUGCGCAGGCCAGGUGCCCUGCAGGUCAGUGUGUCUGCACCAGAUGCCUCACCUUCCUCGUCCACCAGCGCCCCCUCUCCAGCUCAAUCCGGAACUCCAUCACCUCCUCCGUCAUCCCGCGGUGCUCCUCGCACAGCUACCACCAUGCCCCCUGCCAACACCCCAAGGAGGCCACGCAAGCGCCAGAGGGAGGAGGACCUGUUGGCGUUCCUUAGGGAGUCCGAGGCAGCCUCCCAAGCGGCCGCCCAUAAACGGCACGCUGAGACCCUGGCACAAAUGAAGGAAGCCCAGGAGGGGCUCCAGAGUUUGUUUGGCCAGAUGGUGGAGAAGAUGUGAAAUCUUUUUUCAUUGGAAAUGUUAAUGUAUUUUGGUUAAUGUUCACAUUUUUUAUAGAUAUUAUAUAUUUUAUUUUAUAUUAUAUGUAAUUUGAUAUAUUUUAUUUAAUGCCUUUUUACUGUAAAUAGUUGAGAACACUGAAAGCACUGAAACCUGUUCACUUUUCCCUGUUAUGUUGUUUGUCCGUGGGCCCUGUUUUGUUGUUUGUCCUUGGCCCGGAGGAUAGAAAGAGGAAACAAGGCACACUUCUGUGCAAU